AUGGUUCCUGCUCUUCCAACACACCUUGCCACUGUCUCCCUUCUCUCCUUUUUCAUGUUAGUCUCGAGCGCUGCGAAUCGAGACAUACUGCGACCGGGAACCUCCCUCGCCGUUGAAGCCUACCAAAGUGAAAUCCUGCAAUCACCGGAUGGCAGCUUCUCCUGUGGCUUCUACGGCGUCUAUGACAACGCCUUCACCUUCUCAAUAUGGUACUCCAAGGCAGCCAACAAGACCGUCGUCUGGAGUGCGAACCGCGACCGCCCCGUCCACUCCAGGAGGUCAGCCCUGACCUUGCACAAGGAUGGCAACAUGGUCCUCACAGAUUACGAUGACGCGGUUGUGUGGCAAGCUGAUGAUGAUGGAAACUCCCACAGAAAUGUUCAGCAUGUUCAGCUGCUGGACACUGGGAAUCUCGUAAUGAAGAACACCAGUGGUACGAUAAUAUGGCAAAGUUUCGAUUCACCGACAGACACGCUCCUACCAGCCCAGUGCAUCACGGCUGCGACAAAGUUGGUCCCAACAACCCAGUCGCGUGCUCCUGGUAACUACAUCUUCCGUUUCAAUGAUAUAUCAGUGCUGUCACUUAUAUAUGAUGUUCCCGAGGUUUCGGAUAUAUACUGGCCAAACCCUGAUAACAGUGUGUACGAAAAUAACAGAAGCCGGUAUAACAGUACUAGAUUGGCAAUUCUAGACAAUAAUGGGAUCCUUGCAUCUAGUGAUUUUGCUGAUGGAGUGCUACCUAAGGCCUCUGAUGCAGCGCCAGGGAUUAGGAGAAGGCUAACUCUUGACCCUGAUGGUAAUCUCCGGCUGUACAGCCUGAACGACUCAGAUGGGGUGUGGUCAGUUUCAAUGGUAGCAAUCUCCCAACCUUGUACUAUCCAUGGUAUAUGCGGUCAGAAUGGAAUCUGUCAUUACUCGCCUGAACCAACGUGUUCAUGCCCACCGGGUUAUGUGAUGACCAACCCGGGUAACUGGACCCAAGGCUGCACGGCUAGUUUCAACAUACCAUGUCAUGAUCAGGAACCUAUGAAGUUUGUGAAACUCCCGCACACGGAUUUCUGGGGAUCUGAUCAGAAGCGCCUUCUGGGAGUUUCCUUUGAGACUUGUAGGAACAGUUGCAUCAGUGACUGCACCUGCAAAGGCUUUCAAUACCAGCAAGGUGCAGGGUCAUGCUACCCGAAAGCUCUUCUUUUCAAUGGAAAGAGCUGCGCGACACCCAGCGUGUGA